CCUUUUCGUUUUAAGUUUAGAAGACUACAGUCUACCCGCGGAAACCCUGGCUGACGGGAAAGCAUGGGCGCCAACCACGAGUCGGAAGCUAAACUCCAGCUCUUCCUCCAAUGGCUGCAGGUCAAUGGAGUCGAACUCCGGUGCUGCACCAUCAAGAGCUGCGGCCCUAACAAAGGAUUCGGCGUCUUCACCUCCUGCGUCCCCUCUGAAGAUGGAGUUGCCUUGGUUGUUCCUCUCGAUCUCUCUAUCACUCCUAUGCGCGUCCUCCAAGAUCCUUACACAGGUCCUAGAUGCAGGGCAAUGCUCGAGGAGGGUGACGUAGACGACCGGUUCCUUAUGAUUCUCUUCCUUACCGUGGAGCGCCUACGACCGAACUCUUCGUGGAAGCCGUAUCUUGACAUGCUCCCGACUACCUUUGGGAAUCCACUCUGGUUUACAGAGGAUGAACUCGGUGAGUUGAAGGGGACGACGUUAUACAGGGCAAGUGUUUUGCAGAGGAAGAAUCUUCAAGCUUUGUAUGAUGAUAAAGUGAAAGCCUUGGUAGAUGAGCUUUUGCGUGGUGAUGAGAGGUCUGAAAGUCCAAGGGACGUGCAGUUUGAGGAUUUCCUUUGGGCAUACUCAAUAUUCUGGACUCGGGCUUUGAAUAUUCCCUUUCCUCGUUCUUAUGUAUUCCCUGAAUCAUUUGGAGAUCAAAGCAACAAUCCUGCUUGCCAUACUGGUCAUUGUGGGGCCUUCAAGGCUGAGAUGGCUGGUGAAACAACUGAUGAUAGAAGUGGUGGAACAUGCAGGGAUAAUAGUAUUUUGUUUUGCAAGGAAAGUAGUGUUGACACUUCCAGUUCAAAAGCUGGAGAGACAGUAUGGGUUGAGGGUCUAGUUCCUGGUAUUGAUUUCUGCAACCAUGGUUUGAAGCCAGCAGCAACUUGGGAUGUUGAUCAGAUGGGAUCCUUGACCGGUAUUCCGUCUUCAAUGUAUCUCUUGCUUGGAGUCCCUUCUUUUUUCAUUAUGAUGGGAUGCAUGUGA